AUGUCUUCCAGUUUGCCAGAGGAGGACUUGUCCUGUCCAGUGUGCUGUGAUAUCUUCAGAGACCCGGUCUUGCUCCCAUGCAGCCACAGUUUCUGCCGGUCAUGUUUGCAAAACUUUUGGGGAAGCUCAAUUUGCCGAAGCUGUCCAGUCUGUAGGAGGAAAUCUUCAAAGAAAACACCUCCAAUCAACCUGGCCCUGAAGAACCUGUGUGAGGCUUUUGUGCAGUCUCAGAGCUGGACAGGUGAGGGUGAAGAAAACUCAGCAUGCCCUCAGCAUGGGGAGAGAUUGAAGCUUUUCUGCAUAGAUGACCAGCAGCCCAUCUGCGUAGUGUGCCAAGCCUCGAGAAUGCACAAGGGCCACAACUGCGCUCCCACUGACGAGGCCGCUCUGGACUGUAAGGAGAAACUCAGUUCUACACUGAAGACACUGAAGAACAAGCUGGACGUUGUCAAUAAACGUAAAAUGACUUCAGCGAUGACACUGGAGCAUAUAAAGAGUCAGUCACAGCGGAUAGAAAAGCAGAUCAGGGCUCAGUUCUUUAAGCUUCGUCAGUUUCUGAUGGAGGAAGAGGAGGCUCGAGUGUCUUCACUGAAGGAAGAGGAGAUGAAAAAGAUGCUUGCUUUAAAGGAAAGAGAUGAAGAGCUGAAGAAGGAAACAGCUUCUCUAACAGAAGUCAUUAAACAGACAGAAGAGGAGAUCGAUGCUGCUGAUCUGAUGCUGCUGAAGAACUUUAAAUCCACCAUAGAGAGAACCCAGACGUCAUCACAAAAUCCGAAGCUGUUUCAUGGAUCAUUGAUAGAUGAGGCCAAGCACUUGAGUAACUUAAAGUUUGAGGUGUGGAAGAAGAUGGAGGGUAUAGCUUCUUAUUCUCCUGUAACUCUAGACCCAAACACAGCUCACCCAUGCCUAAAACUCUCUGAAGACCUCACCUGCAUCCACUACAGCAGCCUGUGCAAUCAUCUACCCAACAAUCCAGAGCGCUUCUGCAUCAGCGCUGAAGUGCUGGGCUCGGUGCCGCUCAGCUCCGGCAGACACAGCUGGGAGGUGGAAGUGGGAGCAAGUGAGGACUGGAUUCUAGGUGUAGCUAGCACGUCCAUUAAGAGGGAGGAAGAAGUCCCAGCACGCCCAGAGAAUGGAUUCUGGACUCUGUGCAUAAGGGAUGGAGAGUACAAGGCCAUGGAGUCACCUCCAAAGACACUGAAUGUGGAGCAGAAGCUGCAAAAGGUGCUAGUACAGCUGGACUGGGAUGCAGGGGAGGUCAGUUUUCUCUGCAGUGAGGAUGGACAAACACUUUACAUAUUUGAACACAACUUUACAGAUAUGGUGGUGCCUUAUUUUUACACUCAGAGUAAACAGCCUCUAAGGAUCAUGCCCAAACCAGUGCUGAUUUCAGUGAAGGACAACUAAUGUUGGAUAAAAUGUUGAGUAGGAACAAAAAAGUGUUAUUAAUAUAUAACAAAAAAGAAGUAUUUGUACUGUAUUUGAUGAAUCUUUUAAGAUUCAAUAUAUUAGAGCAUCCAUUAUAGGGGGGGAGGGGUAAAUGUGCAUGCAGAGAAAACCUAUAUCUAUACAGACACAGGGAAAACAUACAAUUCCUCACAAUCGAGGCAGAGAUUAAAUCCAUAAAGCCAUUAUGCUGUGAGGUACCCACUGUGCAUACCCGUUGAGGAAAGCACUUAAUGCCUAAAAAAUAAUAGAAUAUCUGUGUAAUUUAAUAGUGCACUUAACAUACACAUUGCAGCCUUGCACAUUGCAGCUCUUUUCCCUACAGCACUCCAUGAAGGGUUUCCACUUGUUUUGUUCUUGUUCUAGAUUUGCUUAUUUGUGGGUUGAAGGUUGGACAUAUACUAAACAUUGAGUAUGAACACCGAGAGUGUAUUGUUUGUAUGUAUUGUAUAUAUGACCAUGGU